UCGAGUUUGUUUAGAAUAGAGGGUGAGUCACGAACAUACAGAGGUUAUAGUGUCAGAUAAACAAGAAAAAAAAAUAAUGGCUGAUGAUCUGAAAGGUAAGCUGGAAACUGAGUUAGAACUCAAGUCCACUCCUGAUCAAUUCUUCAAUUUCUGGAAGGUUCAAGUUCACCAGGCUCCCGAUCAUACUCCCGCCAAUGUACAAGGAGUUAAAGUACAUGAAGGUGACUGGGAGACAUCAGGGUCCAUCAAGAUUUGGGACUACACCAUAGAUGGGAAACCUGGGGUCUUCAAAGAGAGGAUCGAAAUUGAUGAAGAGAACAAGAUAGUAAAGCUUAUUGGUUUGGAUGGUGACGUCUUCAAAAUUUACAAGGUCUAUAAUGGAAUCUGGCAUGCCACGCCCAAGGGCGAGGGUAGCUUGGCGAAAUUGACUCUUGAAUAUGAGAAGCUAAAUGAGACUGCCCCAGCUCCACAUAUUUAUAUGGAUUUCAUGAUUAGUAUGACUAAGGAUAUUGAUGCAGGCCUUGUGCAGGCAUAAUAUUUAUUUGACAUGAUCUGCUUCCCAUCAGAAGAUGAUAAAUCUUGUGUCUUCAUAAUAAAAGGCUAUGACAAUUGGCUAGCUAUAUAUGUUAAGAGCUACAAGCUCAGUUGGUUUAUGUAAUGUGAGAUUUUGUGAAAGGUAUUUAA